ACUACUUACUUAUUUCCUUCCGCAUCCUCUCAUUUUUCUUUUUACCCGUUUAUUCCUUCAUUCUUCCAUUUUGUUUCUCAUAGAAAUGUUUAAUUGGUCCUGAAUUGGAUGAAGUUUGUUUGUGCUGUUAUCCCGUGGCAUGUUUCUGGAGAACUGCUUGUCAGAUUGGGUGUACUUCUUUUUGUAGCACGGAUAUUUGGAUUGAUUCAGUGUUGACGUCAGCCAGGAAGCUGUACACAGGAGUUCCCCUAUUCUGUCUGCUUGCUGCUACUGCUCUGAAGAAGCACUGUGUUCAUAUUUUGCUCCCUAGAGGGGAUAUGGAGGAUUUUCCUGAUAUGUACCAGGGGAAAGACCCUGAGGACAUUGAAUCUUUCCAGGGUGAGAGGAGGAAGGUCAUUCAGCCGACAUCUUUGAAAGACCCAAAACUUGAAAAGCUGAAAACGGUUUUGGUUGACUGGAUCAACAGUACUUUGAAAGAGGAACACAUCGUAGUGAGGAGUCUGGAAGAGGAUAUCUUUGAUGGCCUAAUCCUCCAUCACCUCCUUGGGAGGUUAGCUGGAGUGCUUCUGUCUGUGGAGGAGAUAGCGGUGACCAGCGCUGCUCAGACCCGCAAACUGGAGGUCAUCCUGGAGGCCCUGAAUGAGAAACUGGGGCUACAGGACAGCUCUCUCAGCAGGUGGAGUGUCAAACUCAUCCACAACAAAGACUUGCUGGCCACUCUCCAUCUUCUGGUUGCCAUGGUGAGGUGCUUCCAGCCUAAUCUGGAGCUUCCUCCAAAUGUCAGAGUGGAAGUUGUCCUGUUGGAGGUCAACAGAAGUGGAAUCAAAUCAGAAAAGGAAAUAGAGAUUCUUACAGAUGAAAGCGAUUCAACUACAGACUCACUGAGCAGUUCAGACAGUGAGGAUCCCAUUGAGCAGCUGCUGAAGCUGGAACCCCACAAGAUCAACACAGUAAAGCGGGCCAUCUUGCACUUUGUCAACAAGAAGAUGUCAACCUUGGGACUACAGGUGACAGACAUGGAGAAACAGUUUUCAGAUGGUGUUAUUCUCCUCCUGCUGAUUGGACAGUUGGAGGGCUUCUUUGUUCCGCUCUAUGACUUCAACAUCACCCCAAUCAACACGACUGAGAUGCUGCAGAAUGUGACCGUGGCCCUGGACCUCCUGAAUGACAUAGGGCUACCCACGACCAACAUUGAGCCCCAAGAUAUAGUCUCUCAAGAUGUGACAACUACCUUGAAGGUCCUAUAUGCCCUGUUCAAGAAGCACAAAAGCAGAUGAGAGUGGGAAGAACACGGACGAGGACAUUAGGAGGUGAAGACGCCAGAAGUCCUUUGCCUGAGGUGUUUUCCCCCUGGCAAGUCCAGAAUCAUAGGCUGAUUCCCUCUGUGAAAUAUUUACAGAAAAAUCAUAUAUCGAUUCCAUGUAAAGCUUUGUGUACUUUGUGUCAAUAAAAUUGUACUGUA